CAGUACUUUAAACUGUCCUAAUCGGAUUAAUGUAACCAUCAGUGAGUCGGAAUAGCAAACUCAACCAUGUGUUGCAGAUGUUCCAGUAAAGCUAAACGCUGGUGGACGCUUGGUAUUUCAACGUUGAUCUGCAUCAUUGCUGUUAUCCUUGGAAUUACCUGGCCGUUGGCAGUACGCAGCGUUACAGAACAGCAGCUGUCACUGCAGCCAGGUUCGCAAGUAUUUGAGAAUUGGUACAAACCUCCCAUUGAUACCUAUUUGGAAUUGUACCUGUGGAAUUGGACGAAUACCGAGGACUACCAGGACGAGGGAUAUAAACCUCGGUUGGAACAGCUUGGACCGUAUACAUUUAGAGAGCAGCAUGAGCGUGUUAAUCUCAGCUGGAAUGACGAUUACACACUUACGUUCUACCAGAGGCGCAUUUGGCAUUUUGACCCGGAUUUAUCCAAUGGAAACAUAGAGACUGACCGAGUUGUGACGAUCAACCCUGUGUUGUUGACUGUUGGAUUCAACUUGAUGGAUGAUCCGUUACUGCCAUGGUUCGACCAAAUGCUCGUCGGUAAUAGUCAUAUAAUCGACUCGCCGUUUUACAACGUUCCCGUGAAAGAUGUGCUUUUCGAAGGACAUGACGACUUUUUCUUGAAAUCGCUUUUGGAAAUAGCAGCAGAGAAUCCUGAAUUGAUUGGAUCGAUCGAGCUGCCGCCAUUUGACAAAUUCGGCUGGUUCUACGGCCGCAAUGAAAGUGAAACAUACGACGGUAAUUUCACAAUCGGUACCGGUGUGGACAAUUUGGAGAACAUGGGAAUGAUGCGACUUUGGAAUGGAGCUAACCGUACUAAUUUCUACAGGGAUGAUUGCGGAGUUGUUCGUGGUUCCACUGGCGAGUUAUGGCCGCCCUUCCAAACAGGAAAAAUUGCAAACGUAACAGUAUUCUCUCCCGACAUCUGUAGCACGAUGAGCCUGCAAUACGUAGGCUAUUUUGAUCUACAUGGUGUGGAAGGAUACAAGUGGAUAGGAAAUGAGCGCCCUUUUGACAAUGGGCAUAGACACGAAGAGACCGCAUGUCAAUGCACUGCCCCUGAAGAACAAUGCCCCGCGCUACUCCCUGGGGUUCUGGAUGUCGCUCGCUGUAAGAUGGGAGCUCCGGCCACAGUGUCGUAUCCACAUUUCUAUCUAGCAGAUCAAUCAUAUCGGGAUGCGGUUGAUGGGAUGAAUCCGAACGGGACAGAGCAUGAAUUUACACUUGCGCUGGAGCCACAUACAGGAGUGCCUCUAGCUGUGAAAGCACAAUUGCAGGUCAACCUGAAUGUGAAACAGUACGGCUUGACGUUACUGGAAGGAAUUCCGGAGGUUAUGCUCCCUGUGCUUUGGUUCCGACAAACUGCGGAGAUUUCGGAAGAGCUUGCGAAUGAUCUGAAGUUGCUUCUGAUACUACCCGAUAUUGGAAUAUACGUGGCAAUUGGGCUUGGAAUCGUUGGUACAAUAUGUUUCGUGGUAUCGUUAUAUUUUUCUGUUAGAAUUUGGAAAUGAUCAACGAAACUGAAAUGAAAUAAUCAAUACCAAUUCUACCUCAACAACGUAUAUCACUGAAUCAUAUGUUAGCGUUCAUAAAAUUUCAAGACUGGUCUCAGAAUAAAAUAAAUUCAACGUUUUUACAGCAAACUUUUUUUUUGCGAUAUGUGCUGUCAUUUGGUGUGUUUAUUUUGAUAUGCAAUUUUGUCA